AUGCGUGUCGACAAUCAUAUCCAUCUUCGCCAUAUCAUGCUCUACCACUUCGAAAAGGGAUGGUCUGCCGCAGAGUCGUUUCGCGAUCUCAAAGAACUUUUUGGUCAAGGAACAAUUGGACGUGCAACAGUUUAUGAAUGGUUCGAUCGUUUCAAGUCCGGUAACACAAGUGUUGAUGAUGAACCAGGAAGAGGACGGCCAUCAGAAUUCGAUGACAAGGCACUUCUGGAAGCCGUUGAAGAAGACGAAAGCCUGACAACCGCUCGUGGAAUCGAUCGUCUUCCAAGCAAAUGGCAAUCAGUUAUUGAUGUAGGCGCAGGACGCGGCUCCGUGAUCUACCGGGCUGAGUAUGAGCGCGAAUACAGCAGACGCAGUUUUUACAGGAAUCACUGCUCAAACCAUGGGAAAUACAUUUUUCGAACGAGUGGAUGUAAAUGUGAUGAAGGAUGGACUGGGGACAUCUGUAGCCUGCAACUUUCCGAAAUGAAAAUCGUCUAUUGCCAAGAAGACAGGGAUUGCUUUAUCAAUUAUCGAUGCAAACGGCUCCCGAAAAUGCCACUGCAUUGUGUGGAGAAUACGGAUAACUAUAAAAGUUGGGAAGUU